AUUUUAAAGAAAAAAUUGUCAUGAUUUAAAAAGUGAAAGUGUGUGUUGUUUUUAACAUUGACAAAAGAAAAAAUAAAAGUGUUUUUCUAAAGGAAUUUGUAAUUUAAAACUUCUAAAAAUUGGAUAAUCAAAAAAAAUUUCAGUCCAUUGGUGAAUUAACAUGAAUAAAGAAGAUACUGUGGCAUUAUCGCGUCCAAUAACUCAAGAUAUGCCACCAAAUCCCACCAGAUUAUGUUGUACACCGCCCCAGAAUCGUUUGAUGCCCUGGAAUCAUCAUACGGCCGCUGCCGCCGCUGCUGCUGCGGCCGCAGCUGCAGCUGUGUCAAAUGCAAACGACUCAUCUUCCUCCUCCAACGGGGGUGGCGGCGUCGGUGGUGGUGGAGGUGUAGGCAAUAGAAUUUCAGGCUCGACAACGACGGCGACACCAGGAUCUGGUCCAGGGCAGCAACAACAACAAAUGCCGCCCACAUCAACUGGCGUAUCGACGAUAGCAGCAAAUGAAGCAACCUGCCUAACUGUGCCUCGCCAGAAAGUUCAAAAUCUUGGUCUCAUCUGUGUUGUAUGCGGCGACACCAGUUCGGGCAAACAUUAUGGCAUUUUGGCCUGUAAUGGUUGUUCGGGAUUUUUCAAGCGUAGUGUACGUCGUAAACUGAUUUACAGAUGUCAAGCGGGUACCGGUCGCUGUAUUGUCGACAAGGCUCAUCGCAAUCAAUGCCAGGCUUGUCGUCUCAAAAAGUGCCUUCAAAUGGGAAUGAAUAAGGAUGCCGUGCAAAAUGAACGUCAACCACGAAACACCGCCACGAUUAGGCCGGAGACACUACGGGAGAUGGAGCAUGGACGAGCCUUGCGUGAAGCUGCUGUGGCCGUGGGCGUUUUUGGACCACCCGUUUUAUUGUCGCCACCCUGCUAUGGACCUGCUUUGUUGCCACCACCUUCCCUCUCUGGCCUGCCGACGGGGCGUCUUUUGCAUCACAAUCACUUGGCCGCCACUUCAAUGCAAUUGUCCUCGAGCAUGAGUCAAAACAAUGGGCCCGGAGGUUUUCCCAUGUUCAACAACAAUCACAUUUACCAUACCAGCAGCAACAACAACAACAACAACAGCAGCAGCAACAACAACAACAACGGCAAUCACAGCAACACCCUUAGCAUUAAAGAUAAACGUUAUCUUGAUCUAUCGAGCGGCGGCACCAUUUCCUCCUCCUCGAACUCUUCGAGCAGCAACUCCAUCGAUCCCUGCUCACCACCACCCGAAAAUGGUAAGUGGCCCAGUAGUAGUGUGGUUUAUGUAGGAAAGGAUCCCUACUUACAUUUGAAUUCGUUUGCCGCAGCUGUAGCCCACAAGAAACCGCCCGUAAGUGGUAGUGUUUCCUCUGUAAGUUCCUCCAGUCCUAUAAGGGAUAAUGACAAUGAUGAGGACUCCAUUGAUGUUACCAAUGAAGAUGAUGAUCCCGAACCACCAGUCAAUGGUGAAAAAUCCUUGGUGCCCUUUGACAUAGCCCAAAUCAUGUCCUCCAAUUUGUAUGUGCAACAACAUGAAACUGUCUAUGAGACCAGUGCCCGUCUCCUCUUCAUGGCUGUGAAAUGGGCCAAAAAUUUGCCCAGUUUUGCAAGUCUUUCCUUUAGAGAUCAGGUCAUACUCUUGGAAGAAUCAUGGUCGGAUUUGUUCCUUUUAAAUGCCAUUCAAUGGUGUCUGCCCUUGGAUGUGGUUAAUUGUCAUUUAUUUUCGGUAACGGAGCAUUGCAACAAUCAUGAGUCCUCUAAUGGGGGUGCAAAUAAUUGCAUGACUAAAGAGGAGAUUGCUUCAGAUGUUCGCACUUUGUAUGAAAUCUUUUGUAAAUUCAAAGCCGUUAUGGUUGAUCCUGCUGAAUUUGCCUGCCUUAAGGCCAUUGUUCUAUUCCGCCCAGAGACCAGAGGCUUGAAGGAUCCGGCACAAAUUGAAAAUCUACAAGAUCAGGCACAUGUUAUGUUGGCCCAACACACCAAAUCUCAAUUUACAGCACAAGUUGCCCGUUUUGGGCGUUUGCUUCUGAUGUUGCCAUUGUUGAGAUCCAUAAAUUCUCAUAAAAUCGAAUUGAUUUACUUCCAACGCACCAUUGGUAAUACUCCCAUGGAGAAGGUUCUUUGCGAUAUGUAUAAAAAUUAGUUGAACUUUUUCUCUUUAGAAUGUAUACCAAAGACCUAAAAUUAAAAUCUA